CCCGUAUAUGGAUUCACUCCUUUGAUGGAAGCGGCUGCCGCUGGCCAUGAAAUAAUUGUGCAGUAUUUUCUGAAUCAUGUUUCUACGUACACUUGGCCCCGUCAUGUAAGUGGGUGGGUGGUGUUCCAUUUUAUGUGUUCUCAUUUAUUUCACUAAUCCCCUAGUGAACUAGUUCUUUUCAGUUCUCACUAUGCUAACUGCUUCAGAGAAGAUCCUAAAUGUUAGUGUAUAUCCUUCAUUAUUUCCUGAGGUUAAAUUCCAGAAGUGGAAUUUCUCGGUCGGAGGGCGUGCACACUUUUCAGGUUUAAACUACCUCUUUCUGAUUUGCCCUCCAGAGCACGGGCUCGUAGUCCCACCAUCAACUACGAGGCUGCAUGGUUGAAGCUUUCAAAAUAGAAAGCUUAUUGGGCUUUUCCAGUUUCAAAAGUAAACGUGCUCAUAGUAGUAAAUUUAGAAAAUAUAGAAGAUUAGGAAGAUGUGAAAAAUCCCCAUUAUCUUACUGCUUAAAAAUAAUACUAACAGUUUGGGCAUAUUUCCUUCCAGUAUUACUUUCUGUAUACUUUUUUGUUUUGUUGCAGUUGUAAUGUAUAUAUAUAGUUCUGUAUUGUGAUUCUUUUAAAAUCUUGGUUAUAAUUUUGUUAUUUGUAAAUAUCAGCACUUAUGGGAGUAACAUAGCUGACUCUCCACUCCCCUGAGCAUUUAAGUUGUCUCCGGGUUUUUGUUAUUGCAGAUAUGUGGUGUGGAAGUGGAACUGUUGUGCUGAAGACGAUAAGUACUUCUUAGGGCUUUGGGUAAAAGUUACCAAUUCUGUUUCAGAAGGGUGGUGCUCCCAAUCUGAUUAUGGUUUUUAAAGGCUGGCCCUCCAGUGAAUCUAUUGUAUCCAGUUUUCUCUGUGUGAAGAGAGGUGCAGCGAGUGGGACACAUGCUCCCCAUUCAGUGUGUGUCUGCAGCGUCAGAGCCAGCUGGGCGCCCUCCAUUCUUGUCACUAAGAAGUGCCUUCCCAGGGCUGCCCUGGUGGCGCAGUGGUUAAGAAUCUGCCUGCCAAUGCAGGGGAGAUGGGUUCGAGCCCUGGUCUGGGAAGAUCCCACAUGCUGCGGAGCAACUAAGCCCAUGCACCACAACUACUGAGCUGGCGCUCUAGAGCCCACGAGCAACAACUACUGAGCCCAUGUGCCACAAAUGCUGAAGCCUGUGCACCUAGAGCCCAUGCUCCACAACAAGAGAAGCCACCUUAAUGAGAGGCCUGCGCACCGCAACGAAGAGUAGCCCCCGCUCGCUGCAACUAAAAAGAAAGCCCGUGCAGCAACGAUGACCCAACGUAGCGAUAGAUAGAUAGAUAGAUAGAUUAGAUAGAUGGAUAGAUAGAAUGGAUAGAUAGGAUGGAUGGAUGGAUGGAUGGGUGGCGGGGGGGGGAUGGAUUACCUUCCCCACUUUCUCGCAGGAUGUGAGCUUGUCAGGAAGAUGCCAGCGCCCUCCCUCUCCUCCAGGGUCUGCAGCCCCGAAGCGAGGCUGCUUUGUGGGCGAGGUUCCUAACUCUUCUUCUUUCACAAACUUUCACAGGGAGUCAAAGUGGACACAAGAGACCACAGUGGAGCCACAGCCCGGAUGCUGGCCAAGCAGUAUGGACACAUGAAGAUUGUGGGGCUGAUAGAUGCUCACUCACCUUCUCUGCCCAAGAGCCUCUACCGGAGCCCAGAAAAAUACGAAGAUCUGAGCUCUUCAGAUGAAUCCUGCCCUGUCCCUCAGAGACAGAGGCCCUGUCGGAAGAAGGGCCUCAGCAUCCACGAGGGGCCGCGAGCCUUGGCUAGGCUCACAGCUAUUGGACUCGGAGGCAGGAUGCAGCAGCCUUGCUAUGAGCAGGUGCCUCCACAGGGCUAUGUCACCUUCAACAGCAGCGAUGAGAACCCCCUGGAAGAGGGGGGCCUCUGCUACAGGGACGUCACCUCCCCCAUCAAUGAGCGGGAUGUGGAGAGCAGCAGCAGCAGCAGCCGGGGUACGCACGCCCCCCCGCCACCAGUCCAGCUGGGCCGUGGCCCUGUGACGGGUCCAUCCGGCAGAGGAAAGGGUGAAGAAGAGCACGCCUUCUGUGCCCACCUCGGGGCCGCGCGGAGCAGCAGCAGCAGUGAGGGCCUGGCCCGGGCCCCGGAACUCAGCAGCGAGGCCUCCCUGGAGAGCAACGAGGAUUCGGAUCAUGCGCGGAAAAGCUCGGUUCGCAGACAAACUAAAAGCUACGUGAAGACCAAGAAUCGUUACAGCAGCAGCGACAGCCAGUGGCCUCCUGGCACCGGGACUUCCUGUGCCCCAAGAUUGAUACCCCAGACUGACAGGUCCCCCUACUCAGGACCCCAGGACCUCGCCACGCUGCUGGAGCAGAUCGGCUGUCUCAAAUACCUGCAGGUGUUUGAGGAGCAGGAUGUGGACCUCCGCAUCUUUCUGACCCUCACUGAGAGCGACCUGAAGGAAAUCGGCAUCACGUUGUUUGGGCCCAAGAGAAAGAUGACCUCUGCCAUCGCCCGCUGGCACAGCAGCGCCCGCCCCCCCAGUGAUGCCUUGGAGCUGGCCUAUGCUGACCGGCUUGAAGCCGAGAUGCAGGAGCUCGCCAUCCAGCUGCACAAACGCUGUGAGGAGGUGGAGGCCAUGCGGGGCCUGGUGUCACAGGAGCAGGAGCUGCGGGCCGUGGUGGAGAGCUGCCUCCUGGAACAGGAUGGUGCCCGCAAGGACGUCCAUGCACAGUUGCGGGAGACCUGGGCCCUGGCCCGGGACGCUGCGCUUGUCCUGGACCAGCUGCGAGCCUGUCAAGCUGAGCUGUCCGCCCGAGUGCAGCAGGAUGAAUCCCCGCUCGAGGCCAUGCUGGGCCCAGGCCUCCCCACAGCUGACUCCAAAGGCUGGCAGGCCGCCUUGCAGGCCCUGAGCCUCCCUCAGCUGUCGGGAGCCCUGGAGGAUCGAGUCCGGGAGAUGGGGCGAGUGCUGUGCUUAGUGACCCAGAGCCUGGAGAAGCUGCAAGUGCUGAACGGGAAGGAGAACUGGCGGGAGCCUUAGCCAGGGGAACGUCUUCCCUUUCCUUUCUCAGAAUCUGACGUGGGGUGACUGAUCCACCCUGAAGCUGUGUGCCCGGAGGACAGGAGGCCAGCGAGCGGGCAGCUGCAGUGGCCAGGGCCAGAGGAUCGGGCCCCAGGAGCAGCUGGUAGACAGGACGGGGCUAUGGCCGGUGCGAGGGCAAGGCCCGCACUGAGGCAAGACGAGGGUCUCUUGUCCAGGCCCGGGAGUGGGGCCCAGAGCAGGCAGGGCCUUGGGGAGAGCGUGUCCCCACACACCACAGGUGCCACACUGAGUUUCGCCCAGACAGGUGAGGCCUGGGGCGGGGCGCCUGGGCAGCAUAUGUCAUUUGCUGGAAAAUAAAGUUUAAGAUUGGCUGG